GGUAAACACUUGCUCAGAACUGACCCACUGGGAUCUAUAAGAGUGCCCCCACUGUGCAAGCGCAAAGCAGACAUGUCUAGAUCAAGAAACAGUGAGGGGAAUGUGCUAAAGCGUGUGGCAAAACUGCCACUCGUCAGCUCAGCGCUGCAGCAGGCCUCUUCCGUCUACACGGGCGUAAAAGGUCGCUACCCGCUGCUCGGAUUUGUGGGAGGCGUAGCAGAGCUGGGCGUCCGUAGUGCAUCCACAGCAGCCCUGAAACAAGCAGCAACUCUGCUACAGAACCUAGAACCAGAAAUCGAGGCAGUGAACAGUUAUGCACUGGUGGGUUUGGAGCAACUAGAGAAGCUUUUUCCAAUUCUCCAACAGCCCACAGAUGAGGUGGUUGCUAAUCUGAAGGACUCUCUCUUCUCGAGGCUGGAUGAUGCGCAGUCUCGAGUGAAUGAUGGGCUGGACAGAGCCGUGGACAGAUGGGAUAACCUGAUGCGGCUGAGCUGGCGCCUCCUGGCGGAAGCUCAAGACUCGGCUCCUGGGCGAGUGAUCACCGCGGGUCUGGAUGAGCUCCUCACUCAGUCAGAGGCGGCGGUGGCCUACUAUCUACCUCUGCCACCCACGCUGCGUCAUGAGUGGGAGAGAAGAGUGCAGAGCUAUGAAGAUGAAGAUGAUGAUGAUGAAGAAGAAGAGCCUCGAAUGUGGACACGUAUCCGUAGCCUGUUGUUGUGCCUGUACCUUCAGCUGUACCACAGAUUGAUGAAGCUGAGAGAAAGACUGAACAGCGCUUUGCAGAUGCUGGGGGCAGCUGCCGAAACGGUGGGUGUAACGCAGUUGAUGGCGAUGGUGGAGUCUCUGCUGCAGCUGCUUCUGUCAUUUUACACGACUCAGGUGCAUCGCGUGGAGGAGCUGCGUUCUCUUCUCAUGGCUCAGCUCACAUCAGGUAUACAGGCACUGAAGGUUUUGCCCCCUGUACAGCAGAUACUGGCUCUGCCUACCCAGGUACGCACUAUCAUGAAUGACCUACUGGAACUGGGACAGAUUCUCAUACAGUUGCUCAUCAACACCACCCCGCUCUAUGAUCUGGUAAAACAGGUUUCUGAUCUCGAUGCAGCAAACAAUCCAAUUCCAGAUGAACUCCCUGAGAGUCCCUCCAGCCGUGCCUCUGCAAACAGCCUCUUCCUCAAGGCCAUGGACGGUCGCCCACGUCGCCGCAGAAGCCUUUACGUCCGCUCCCGUCGCGCGUCUGCCAGUGGGCUUCCAUCAAGCCCAGUUCUCUCCCCAACUCCCACCUCAGUCCCAGCAAAUGGCCGCAAAGGCAGUUUGAAGCUAGAUUCCCAGCCCUCAGGCCCUCCAGAACUUGACACACUGGCUGUGCCCACCACCGAUAUGAUCCGCCGCCGUUCCUCAGCCACCGAGGUCCUGCUGGCUCCCAUUAUGCAGUUAGUUACACAGAGCCAAUGGGCGUUUGAGUAUCUGAGCUCUGGCCCUUCAUCUGAAGAUCAGGUCAUACCUGUGGUGGAAACCACAGAACAUUAA